AUGUGCAUGGGACGAGGCUACAUAAAGCGCAGUGCCACUGUGAAUUUUACCAUCCACGAACUCAAAGUCCCUGAGCUCUAUCAAGAUGAAUUUUAUGUUAAAUGGAAGAGAGGUAACUCUAAUGGAAUGUCCGAAUCAGGCAUUGUCAAUGAAAACUGUUCAGUCAUCUUUGAAAAGCGCUGCAACUGCAAGAUUACAAUGUAUAUAUCAAAGAAAGACAAUACAAUGAAAGCAAAGCUGAUUACAAUUAAAGUUUACAGAACUAUUAAUGGCAAAGAUCCGAAAAUAUUCGGGGAGCUCAAUUUAGAUGUUUCACCAGGAUAUGGAAAGGGAAACAUUGUCAAUACUUACGAUCUUAAAAGUCCACAUAAAAAAGUUUCAAAACUUACACUCUCUUACGAAUUAGUUCCUGAUGAAUCAGCCACAACAGACAACUUAGAUUCAGAGAUGGUAGCUAGCGAUUUGGUUACUCAAUCUGACGAAAAGCCAGAAAAAUGGGAUCUUUCUGAAGCCAUUUCCCACGAGGAUUCUGAGCGUCUUAAAUCAUUCUUUGAUGAAAGAUCUGAAUCUUUGCAGCGCUCUUCAUCGUCUCUGAACAUGUUUAACUCGAUUCCUGUUCAACGCCUACAGAAACGAGUGACAAGAGCCUCUCCUUCCACCGAAUCCUCACCUAGGAAGGGAAGUCUUCAUCACCUGACCCAUAAGAAUCACUCUAUGCCCAAUUUACGUCCUCCAAAAUAUUUUGACACCGACGAACCUUCUUCUCCAUCAGCAAUUGUUGCUUCACCUGCACAAGAACCAUCAAUCAUAUCAAGCCCGCUCAGUACUGAAGAUCAUUCUACGACAUCAAUUAAUUUGUUGAAAUCUAUCUUAAAGAAAGAAUGGUCUAAAUCUCCUUUACCAGCAAAUGCUUUACCAUUACCAGCUGUUGUUAUUUACGCAGCUUUUAUCCACACAAAACUUUUCCAAGACCAAGUUUUGCAAAGUUACGAAUACAACGAAAUUUUCUUCGAUUUCUUCGAGAAUUACAAAACCGCAACAAUUGUAUCGAAUUCUACGACCACAGACAAAUUUAUUGUCACAAUUUACUUAAUUGCGCUUAUUAAGUCAACGCCGACCGCCGUUGAGAGCCGCGUUACAGAUGCAACCACUAAACUUAGCGAGUAUUGCACACAGUUAAUGGUGGACAUCGUAAACCCUGUUUUGCCGAUUUUCGAAAAUAUUACACAAGAAUUUGUCUCUUGUCUACUUGAUAUGACACAGUUGGCCAAUGAACUCAAUCAUUUGAUCAAGACCGCGGAGAAAAGUCUUCCUCUUGAAGAGCCAGCGAAAACAUUUUUCCAUAACUACUUAAUUUCUGUCAUUGACAUGAAAACUGUCCAGCAGAUCGCGGCUUCUCCAUACAGCUGCACAUUCCUGAGCGCUGCACAGUGGAAUUCCCUCAGUACUGUUAUGGCAGAAAAAUCUAUUUCACUUCCCUUCCUCAGACAAGCUGCAUCUGUACUGAUGAUGAGUUCAGCAAUAUGCUGCAACCCUGUUGUAUCGGAUGAAAUAUGUCCGGACCUUCCAAAACUUCUUGUUCUCAAAAUUUUGUCAAAUCAGCAGCCAGAUGACUUCAAUCCGAUGCCAAACGAUGUAAUGGGAUUCGUCAAUCACUACAAUUUGGGAAUGCAGCAAUACAACCCAACAACUUACAAAUAUCAGGGAGAUUUCACUGAUAUUAGAGAAAAGAUCUCAAUAAUGAAGUGGAGUGAAACAAAGUUCUCUGAACAGAUCCUUGAAUCAUUCUCUUUCUUAAGAAAUUUCUCAGAUGAAUAA